CGGUGCUCCGUCGUCGCACUGUGGUCCUGCGCUGCUUGCAACCAAUUCAUUACCUUGCUUGCGACCAAGUGAGAAGCACAUGCGCGUACUCGUCGACACUGGCAGCGCACCGUGGCUGCUUGCCGCCGCCGCCGCCGCGACGUCGCUCGUCCUCGUCGCCCGCCGCCAGCCCAAGACGCCACCGCGCUAUGGCGACGCUUACAUCACACUUAUGAGCAACGAGGCAAAGCACCUGCUGUCAGUCCCACCGAUCCAGACGGCUACGCUCUACGAGCGCGUCGACGUGCCGGCGCUCAAGGCGCGGACGGCGGCCAUCGUCGCGCAGAACCCGUGGCUGCUCGGACGAUUGGCCUACGGCCCAGCCAACACGCUCGAGCUACAGUACGAGACGUCGCCAAGCAAUGUCUCGGAGGCGUUCGUCGAGGUUCAUUGCCCGCUGCCGGCGGACGCACCCGAAGAGCAAGUCGCGGCGUGGCUAGCUCACGCGGCUACCGUGGGCAAUGGCCAUGCCUGUCUCUCCAGCACGCGGGGCCAGGUCUUCCAGGUUGUGGCCGCGCACUUGACCAACGGGUCGAUGGCCAUUGUCGUUGCCCUCUGCCACGUCAUCGGCGACGGCUCGACGUACUACCGCCUGUACAAGAUGCUCGACGUCCACGAAGCACCGGCGGCAUUGACGCCGGUGCGUGCGUUUGAAGACACGACGGCGUCCUUCGGUGCGCUCACGCCGCACACGGCGCCAGCGACCCGCACACUAUUUGUGCUGCGGCGCGCGCUGGUCAACGCCAUUUCGUACAGCUACCGGAAGCUGCUUUUCGGGUCGCUGCCACAAAUCGCCGAGUACCGCGUGGACGCAAAGGCCCUUGCCGCUAUCAAGGCCGCGCACGUUCCGCGAAAGGACGCGCCGUACCUCUCGACCAAUGACAUUGUGGCCAGCGCGUUCUUUGAGAUGACGUCGACAGCCCUCGGGCUCAUGGCCAUCAACCUCCGCGAUCGGUUGCGCCUCCCGCCGAGCGCGGUGGGCAAUUACGUCGCCUGCUUUGUGUACACCCGAGGCGACUAUUUAAACCCAGCAGACGUGCGCGCGUCGUAUCAUGACAAGACGGCGCCGCAAGUGAAAAUGUCGUCGGAGCCGUUCCCGACCAGCCUCUUCAGUGCCGGUCACUUUUCAGUGAUGACCAACUGGUGUUCGUUCUACCACCACCUUGUGCUGGACGAGAACGUCCUGCCGAUAGCGCACAUGCCGGUCAUUGUUCGCGGAGUGCUGCCGUUUGAUGCGACAGGGCUCCUGUACCACCGAUCGCCGAGCGACGUGCGUCUCGUGACGCGCUUAGCGACGACGCCGCUGUCGACGCCGUCGUUCUUGCAGCGUGUGUAG